ACCGGGCGGGGCGGGGCGCUGGGGCCGCCCGUUGCCAUGGCACCGAGUGUGGGGGGGCGGCCCGGCCGCGCGCCGCAUGGAGGCGGCCGCCGCCGCCCCGGCGGAGGCCCCGGUACCGGCAGAGACCGUCCGCCGCUGGCUGCGGGCGGAGGGGGCCGAUCCCGCCGCCCCGGCCGAGGAGCAGCUGGGCCUGGCCUGGCGGCUGCUGCGACGCGCCGAGGCCCGGCUGGGAGACCUGGAGCGGCGGAGGGCGGAGGAGAUGAGAGACGUGGAAAGCUACGUGGGCCACGUCCGCACCCUGACGGAGGAACGGGACGCUCUCACCACUGAAUAUGAAAUGGAAAAUGAGCAGCUCAGGCUUGAGCUGCAGCAGCUGCAGCUGCAGCAGGAAGCCCAGCUGAAGGAGGUGGAGGAGAUGCUGGAACAGGAAGGCUUGUCUGAAAUAGCUCACAGUAAUGCCAGCGAACAGAUCGCUUACUUACUGGUAGAAAGAACGACGCUGCUGGAGAAACUGGAGAUGGCAGAGCAGAAGCUGAGUUCACCCAGCUGCAUCGACGGGCUGUGCGCGGCACCGCUUCAGGAUGAGUUUGAUCACAUUCACCCAACGUUAGAAGAUGAACUCCAACAGCAGCGUGAGUCCACGCAGCUUCCUGGAGAGACAACGAGUAAGCUCUACAGGGAAGAGCUGGAGAAGGAACAAGCAUCGCGUGCAAGAGUUGAACAAGAUCUGGUUGAGGCCACACAGAGGCUGCUGAUGGCCCAGGAAGAGAUCCAGAGGUUGGCGGAGGAGCUGGAGCAGAGCAAAAUAGGAUCAGCCUCCUGCUCGGCCCCACGAGCGCCUGAGAGCCGGGAAGCAGCAGGGAGCGAAUGGAGAGAGGGUGACAGGACGGAGCUACAGGAGGCCAUGGAGCACAACAGCAGACUGGACAAGGAAAUCCUGGCGCUGCGAGCACGGGUCCAAACACUCGACUUGGAAAGAAAAGCGUUCCUGGAUCUGGUUGAACAGCUCAAAGAGGAGAUCUGUGAGUAUCAGAAGAGCGAGAAGCAAGGAACUCCAUUGCCUGCGCCGGCCGACACCGAGGAAGUAGCCACGUGCUCGCUGCAGUGCCAGGGCACAAAGGAGGAAGGGAGGGUUGAAGGAGGCCUUGCCUCAGGCAAAGCUGGCUCAGAUCAAGAUGACAGGUGUCAGAGUGGUGAAACGCUUCAUAAAAGGUGCCGAGAGGUGAUUGAGAACAUCGAGGGCAGGAGCUCACAGCUCCUUCACAAGCUCCAGAAACUGGAGCAGGAGCACGAGGACUCGGUCGAGUGCAAUGAGGAGCUGGAAUCCGUUCUGGGAGAGACGCGGAUCCACACCAGGCAGGAGAAGGAGCAGUUUGAGAGUGACGAGGAGGGACUUCACCAGAAAAUCACAAACUUAGAGACAGAGUUACUUGAAGUGCAGAAGAACAAAACAGAGAUGAGUGGGGAAGAGCUGGCGUCGCCUGGAGCACAGGAGAUGCAAGAGAUGCUGGAAACCUGUCAGGAGACAAUAGAGAAGUUGGGAAGUCAGCUGGGAGAGCGGAGAGAACGGAGAAAACAGCUUGCGUCUGAGCUUGAGCUGUUACGAGAAGAUCUGAAGGCUGAGAGGAAGGUUUUGGGCAGCCAGGUCUCUGAACAUCUACAAGACAGAGAACAGAUUAACAAACUUGAGCAGAAACAUGAAGAUCUAUGUGCAGAUGAAAAGACCUACGAAGAACAGAUGGCUAAAGUAGUGUUUUUGGAAGAACAGAUCAAAAACUUGAGAGAUGAACAAGAACUGCUCUGUUCUGAAUUACUAGAAAGCAACAAGAAGAGGGAGGAGCUAGAAAAGCAGCUAAAAGAGAGCAAGGAAGAAAAACGGUUGUUACUGGAAGAGAUUGCCCAGCUGAAACACGACAUCCUGACUGCCCGGGAGCGGGGCGAGAGCACGUCUGGAGAGACGCUGGGGAUGAGCCGAGGGAUGGUGCCUGCAGAGAGCAGGUGUCCUGAGUCACAGAGCUCUGCAGGCAGUGUAGAUGGGAGUGUUAAACAGAGUCUGUCCGAGGAGAGAUUCCAGCAGCAGGAGGAAAAAAUGCAGCAACUGCGGCAGGACUUGCGUCGCGUUCAGAACCUGUGCAGCUCAGCUGAGAGGGAGCUGAGAUACGAGAGGGAGAGGAACGCUGACCUGCAAAAGCAAAACUUCUUGCUCCAACAGGAAUGCACCAAGGUCAAAGCUGAGCUGAAGCAGGCCAGGGCAAAGCUCUCAGACACAAUGGAAACGUGCUCUUCCCUCUCAGCCCAGUGGGAGAAAAGCCAGCAGAAAGUCAAAGACCUGGAACAAGAGCUCUCCAAGUGCUCCCAGGCUGAUAAGCUGCAGAGCAGUCUGCAGGAGAAACUCGCGCAGGAGAAAUCCAAAGUGUGUGAAGCACAAAAGAAGAUUUCAAAACUCCAGCAAAAGCUAAAAGAUUCCCAACACCAACUCCUGCUGGCAGAGGCCCGUGUUUCAGACAAGAAACUCCUGGAGGAGGAGCUGAAGGAGGCCCGAGAAAAUGAAGCUCGUGUGCAGCAGGAACUUCACGAGGAGCAGCUGAAGAGGAAGCUCCUGGAGCAGCAGGUGGAGGAGCUGAGGCAGCAGCUCCGGCAUUCACGGGAGACAGAGGCAUCACUGGCCAAGAUGCACGUGGAGCUUCAGGCCAAGACCCUGCACGCCCUGGAAGAUGAGAGGAAAACUGACUCCAGCGAGCACCUCCAGUGUCAAAAGGAGAACCAGAAGCUUUCAGAGCAACUGUCACUGCUGAAGGAGGAAAACAAAGCCCUUUACGAGGAAGGAAUCCGUCUCCUGAACCAGAAGGAUCUGUACGUCAGGAAAUACAACGAGAUGCAGCUCCGCCACAAGGAGAAGAUCCGCAGGGCCAAGGAGACCUAUAUCCACGAGGUGAAACAAAGGGACAGCAGAAUUAAACAGCUUGAAAACGAGCUCAGCGAGUCCAAGCUCCAAGUGGAAAAGGGGAAGGUGCUGAUCGCACAGAUCACUGCCGAGAAUGAGAAACUGCUCCAGGAGAGAAGACGGCUCCUCCAGAAGAUCACUGACCAAGAGGAGAGCCCUUGGGGCAACCGCUCUACAACUGCCACCCUGCAGAGCAGAGGGAAGACCCUGGAGGAGGAGAACGUGCGGCUGCAGGAGAGCAAACUCCAUCCCUCCGGCCACGUGCCCCCCUCGCAGCGCGGCCCGAGGAGCUCCUACGCUCCCAGCACGGAGGGCUCCAAGAGCGUUAACUUCUCCGAACGCCAACUACAGAGUAAGGUGUUGCCAUCUCCCCGUGCCAGCUUCCCAUCACGAGAACCACCAGACUCUCUCAGCACCCUGAAGGCCGCGCAAGACACGAAGCCUGAAGGAGAAGCUGAAAGCCAAGACUCAUCCUUCUGCUUAUCGCCCUCUCAGCCCUCAGAGAUCGGGUACUUAAAUGUAGCUUCUCCUGGAGACACCACAGCCUCCCAGCUGCAGGAGGAGAGCCGCAGCAUCAGCUCCGAGAACUUCUAAACGGGGGGAAAAAUGCUGGACUGCAAGUUUUUGGGCUCCUGUUGCCAUGGGCUGACAAGGACUGCAGGGAAGAGUUGCCAAAUUGACUGGUGAUUUCUGUGAUAUAUUUCAGCUAAAUUAUUCAACAGCUUUUUGGUUUUUUUUCAACUUACUCAACUGUAAAUGAGUGUUUGUGUCAUCCCAGAUCCACCUGGAGGCUGGAAUUUGCAGAGAAACCCAGCAAAGUGGAAAAGGGGUGGGGUGAAGUGUGUACUUCACCUUAACCUGAACUCAUUAUCUAGUCAAAAACUGGAAGUUUUGUAAAUAAAACUCAAGGAAAUUCC